GAUGAUUGUUCUUAUCGUCCAACUGCAAAGGUUCCCCCCGUCGUUGGGAGUGCAUCGGCCAAUACACUACAUUAUUAAUAUUCAUGGAUAUCAUAGCGCAAUGGCAGGGUUGCUCUUGCAAAAAAGCUGGAUGUGGUCUGCUGAAUGGUGACAAGCGCGAACCUUGGCCCGAGAGUAUCCACCGCGAAACCGCAUGAUGGUUUCUUGGUGGCCUUGUUGAAUGACUCGGUAUGCUGGCGCCGGUAACCUCGCGACAAUAUUGUGUGACUUCUGAGCUGGCAUCUCGCAUCAUUAUCUGCUCCUGUGUCGCAAUGCGGCAGCUGCAAUAUAUACAUAUCUAUAACACUUGACACACCCAAUCUACAUGAACCCAGCCUAGACAAAUCGCCAUGACUCGGCUACACGGCGAAGUGGACCAAACACAUCACGAAACGUCACCAGAACGUCAUGGUACAAACAAGUAAACAGACAAACAAACAAACAAACAUGGAGCAACAUGGCCUGCAGCCUGGAUUUUAUUAUUUGCUCUAGCAAAUGCAUAGGAUAUCUUUUUCUAUCGCUCCCGUCGCCAACAAAGCUCGUGUAGACGACAA